GCCCAAGGAGGCGGGCGGGGCGUUUCCCCUUCCUGCACCCCGCCCUGGCCUGCUGGAGAGGAAAAGGAAAAGGAAGGGUCAGCUAAGGCUCCAUUUUGCUCCUUCCUCGCCAUGAUCCGCUUCCUGCGGGGCUGGGUGCUCCCGGAGGCCGCCUGCCAAGCCCCCGACCCCCCGCCUUCGCGCUAUGAGAGCCUCUUCAAGAAGCUGGACCUCAAUGAGGACGGCCGGGUGGACAUCGCCGAGCUGCAGGAAGGGCUCAAGGCGCUGGGCAUCCCGUUGGGCGAGGACGCCGAGAAGAAAAUUUUCAGAGCUGGUGAUACUAACCAGGAUGGCCGGCUGGACUUUGAAGAAUUCACACAGUAUCUUAAAGACCAUGAGAAGAAAAUGAAGCUAGCCUUUAAAAGUCUGGACAAAAACAAUGAUGGAAAGAUUGAUGCAUCUGAGAUUGUUCAGUCCCUCAAGAUACUGGGUAUAGAUAUUUCAGAAAAACAAGCUACAAGGAUUCUGAAAAGCAUGGAUGCGGAUGGGACCAUGUCAGUGGACUGGAAUGAAUGGAGGGACCAUUUUUUAUUUAAUCCAGCUACAGACAUUCAGGGCAUCAUUCGUUACUGGAAGCAUUCCACAGUAUUGGACAUUGGAGAUAGUUUAACUAUUCCAGAUGAGUUCACCGAAGAAGAGAAAAAGACCGGGCAAUGGUGGAGGCAGCUUUUGUCCGGAGGCGUUGCUGGCGCCGUUUCUCGGACGGGCACUGCACCUCUUGACCGCCUUAAAGUCAUGAUGCAGGUUCAUGGUUCAAAGGGGAAAAUGAACAUUUCAGGCGGUUUGCAGCAGAUGGUGAAAGAAGGAGGACUCCGUUCGCUCUGGAGAGGAAAUGGUGUUAAUGUUGUUAAAAUUGCACCCGAAACGGCUAUCAAGUUCUGGGCAUACGAACGGUAUAAGAAGAUGUUUGUGGAUGAAGAUGGAAAGAUCGGGACCAUGCAAAGGUUUAUAUCUGGUUCCCUGGCUGGGGCAACUGCACAGACUUCAAUUUAUCCCAUGGAGGUGAUGAAGACCAGAUUGGCUGUGGGUAAAACGGGACAAUACUCUGGAAUGUUUGACUGUGCGAAGAAAAUUCUAAGAAGAGAAGGUGUGAUGGCUUUUUACAAAGGUUAUAUCCCCAAUAUUUUGGGCAUAAUUCCUUAUGCUGGCAUAGACCUGGCUGUUUAUGAGGCAUUGAAGAAGACAUGGCUAGAAAAAUAUGCAACAGACUCAGCCAAUCCUGGAGUGCUUGUAUUACUGGGAUGUGGUACUUUAUCCAGUACCUGUGGCCAGUUAGCCAGUUAUCCUCUUGCCCUUAUCCGAACUCGAAUGCAGGCUCAAGCCAUGGUGGAUGGUGGCCCCCAGCUCAAUAUGGUUGCUCUUUUCCAAAGAAUAAUUGCUCAGGAAGGACCCCUGGGACUUUAUAGAGGCAUUGCUCCUAACUUCAUGAAGGUGCUUCCUGCCGUCAGCAUCAGUUAUGUCGUCUAUGAGAAGAUGAAGGAGAACCUGGGGAUAGCAUGAAAGAAGGGAGCAAUGUGAGAGGUCUUUAUGGAAUGUGUACACCAAAAA